CUAGAGAAGAAGAAGAAGAAGAGGAACAGAGCACCACUGCGAUGAGCCGCUCCUCCGCCGCCGCUUCCGGCGCUGGCGCCGGCCGAUCCUCGACGGAUCCCAACCGGAUGGUCGCCGGCCUUCCCCUCGUCAUCUCCCUCAACUGCCUCGAGGAUCUGGGUCCUGAGCAGGAAGCCCUCGCCGGCGUUGCCUCCCUACACCACGUCGCACUCUCCUCGAUCUCUGAUGGCCGGAUCGAGUCCGCCGCCGCUGUUCUCCUCCACUCCCUUGCACUCCUACCCCGCGCCGCCCACCGCCGCCUCCAGCCCUGGCAGCUCAUUCUCUGCCUGGGAUCCACUGACCGAGCCGCGGACUCCGCCCUUGCCGCCGAUCUUGGCCUCCGCCUUGUCCAUGUCGACUCCGGCCGUGCUGAGGAGGUCGCCGAUACUGUCAUGGCGCUGUUACUCGGCUUACUCCGACGAACUCACCUCUUGUCGCGUCACUCGUCCUCCAUCGCCUCCGGUUGGCUGGGUUCCAUCCAGCCGCUCUGCCGUGGAAUGCGCCGCUGCCGCGGGCUUGUGCUUGGGAUCGUUGGGAGAUCCGCCUCAGCUCGGUUGCUGGCCACGAGGAGCAUUGCUUUCAAGAUGAGUGUUCUGUAUUUCGAUUUCCAUGAGGGUAAAGGUAAAUCAAGAGUACCUCCAAUAUUCCCUCCUGCUGCUAGAAGAAUGGACACACUCAAUGACCUACUGGCAGCCAGUGACCUGAUUUCACUGCAUUGUUCACUAACAGAUGAUACGAUGCAUCUUCUAAAUGCGGAUCGCUUGCGUCACAUAAAGCCAGGGGCAUUCAUUGUGAAUACAGGUAACAGUCAGCUAAUAGAUGACUGUGCCUUGAAACAACUUUUGAUUGAUGGUGCUAUAGCUGGUUGUGCAUUGGAUGGUGCUGAGGGGCCACAAUGGAUGGAAGCAUGGGUGAGGGAGAUGCCGAAUGUCUUGAUUCUUCCAAGAAGUGCAGACUACAGUGAUGAAGUGUGGAUGGAAAUUAGGGAUAAAGCUAUCUCUAUAUUGUUGUCAUUUUUCAGUGAUGGGGCUAUUCCAGAAAAUGCUAUCUCGGAUGAAGAUGAAGACUUAAAUGAAACUGGCUUUGAAGAUGACCAAUUGGAGAAACAAGUAAAGGAAGGUCCUCGUUUAGUUGGUGAUGAUCAGAUGACUGAUGAAAGCCACUUAAGUGCAGAAUCUACUCAGAGAAAAGGUGUCCAACAAAAGAAGGAUCCUCAAGUUUCAUCUGCAUCUCAAAAUGCUGAUUCUAGUUCAAAGGGGAAGAAUAGUAGAUCAGGUAAGAAGGGUAAGAAAAGACCUGCCAAUCGAGGUUCUUGUCAGAAGUCAGAUGAUUCUUCAGCAGUAGAUAGAGACGAUGAUAUUGCUAUGAGUGGCAGGGACCAGGCUUUAAGUUCAAGUUCCUGGUUAGCUUCACCAGAUGAAUCGAAAAAUAAAGAAUCUCGUCUCUUUUCAUCAAAUUCAGAAUCAACAUCUGAGAAACAGGUGACUCUAGGUGUGGAUCUUGGUAGAAAAUUUGGUGAACUGCUGAAAGAUGGUUUUGUUAUCGCCUUACAUACUAGAGAUCGCCCUGGAUUUCAUGUAUCCAGACAGAGGGUCCCAGGUGGUGGAUGGUUCCUUGAUACAAUGUCAAAUGUGACAAAAAGAGAUCCUGCUGUUCAGUUCCUUGUUUCUUUUAGAAGCAAGGACACACUUGGAUUGCGAUCAUUUGCUGCUGGUGGAAAACUACUGCAGAUAAAUAGGAAAAUGGAGUUUGUAUUUGCGAGCCAUAGUUUUGACCUGUGGGAGAGUUGGACAUUAGAAGGUUCUCGGCUGGAAGAAUGCAGGCUUGUUAAUUGUAGAAAUCCAUUGGCCGUUUUGGAUGUAAGCAUCGAGAUCCUUGCAGUCGUUGACGAAGGUGAUGGAGUUACCCGAUGGCUGAAUUAAGUCACCCCCAAAAGUAAGUCUCUCGAGGGAAUUAAUUGCUUGCUUCUUAUUCUCAUUGUUGAUUAAAGAGCUUUCUUCUCAAUGAGCAUCCGGUUUUGAGUGUUUUCUAGUAGGUUAUUUACCUGCACUUGUUGUUAUUUUCAUUCUUAUUUUAUACUGAACUUUGUACAAGAAUCUGACUAUCAGUGCUGUCAUCACA